CCUCCAUCUUCUUCUCGACGAGACUGGAUCACGGAGAUUCCAUGGCAGACGAGGGCGUUGAGGGAGUAGCGACUGUCACUUCAAAACGCAGCGCGAGUCCCGAAGAUGCUGCUACGGCAUCGAAGAAGCCCAAGCGCAGCGCGAGCGAUGAGGAGGCAGAAGGCCAGACGUCCGAGCAGACGAAGCUCGUCGAUGGAGCAGCCGCCUCUUCCUCAGCGUCUGGCCGCGACAAGUUCUUUCUAGACUCGUUGCCCUGCGCAUCCCGCUACAUUCGAUCUCUUAUGCACCGGGACACGUUGACUUUUGUGAAGGUGACGCCGCACACCAACUUUGUUCUCACAGCGUCGCUUGAUGGGUUCGUCAAGUUUUGGAAGAAGCAGGAGACGGGCGUCGAGUUCGUCAAGCAGUAUCGCGCCCACCUGGCGCCGGUGACGGGUCUUUGCGUGAGCGCGGAUGGAGCCUUGGCUGCAAGUAUAAGCAGCGACGGGUCGUGCAAGGUAUUUGACGUCGUCAAUUUCGACCUCAUCAACAUGAUUAAGGUCGAUUACACGCCGAGGACCUGCUCUUGGGUGCAUCGAAGAGGAAGAGCAGACUCAAUACUGGCCGUCUCAGAAGAAGGCUCGCCCACAAUCAGACUCUACGAUGGGCGCGGUGACGGAUCUCCAAGAGCGACGAUCGAGAGCCUGCAUCGGGCGCCCUGUCAUCUCCUUGCUUAUAAUGAACCGUUUGACUGCGUUGUCUCUGCCGACGUGGGUGGCAUGGUAGAAUACUGGUCCCCAACGGAACCUUACGAAGCGCCCAAGGGCAAAGGGCUUUGGGAGUACAAGAGCCGGACCGACCUGUUCGACUUCAAGAAAGCCAAAUCUACCCCAACCUCACUGGACUUUUCGCCCGACUCGUCUAGAUUCGUGACGGUAUCGACAGCAGACCGACAGAUCCGCAUCUUUGACUUUGCCAGCGGAAAGUUGCUACGAAAGUACGACGAAAGUCUCCAAGCGGCUCACGACAUGCAUUCAGGCAAGGUGAACGAGUCUGAGCCAUCGGAGCUGGGUGGUGCGCUACAGCAACUCCAGGUGCAGCUUGAUGAUAUGGAAUUUGGGCGGCGACUGGCCCUCGAGAGAGACCUCGACGCCAGUGCGCAAGACGCGGUCGGCAAUGCAGUACGAGCGGCGUCGGGGGCUUGCAGCGCCAAUGUCGUCUUUGACGAGAGUGGGACCUUCAUCCUCUACGGGAGCAUGCUCGGCAUAAAGAUCAUCAAUACGAAGAUCAACGAAGUGGCGCUGAUCCUGGGAAAGGACGAGACGACAAGGUUUCUCAACGUGAGCCUGUUCCAAGGUGUGGCCAACCGAAAGAAGGCAAAGAGCAUUGCGCUUGCGGCUUCCGAGAACCCUCUCUUGGCCGCCAAAAAGGAGGAGCACGACCCAACGCUCUUCUGCACCGCCUUCAAGCGAGCUCGUUUCUACAUGUUCUCGCGCCAGGAGCCCGACAAUGACCCACGAUCCAAGUCCGGUGCCGAGCGAGACAUCUUUAACGAGAAGCCGACUCGCGAAGAACAGACGAUUGCCUCUUUGAAUCCGCUCAACUCGCGCACUGGCCCGGGGCGGUCUAACGUGUCGCAGACGGCUGUGCUGCACACGACGAUGGGCGACAUUCACCUCCGCCUCUUUCCCGAGCAGGUGCACAAGACUGUCGAAAAUUUCGUGGGCCUCGCCAGAAAGGGCUACUACGACGGCGUGCUGUUCCACAGAGUCAUCAAGAAGUUCAUGCUCCAGACUGGUGAUCCCUUAGGAGAUGGGACGGGGGGCGAGUCAUUGUGGGGCCGCGAGUUCGAGGACGAGUUUGUGAGGGAACUCCGACACGAUCGUCCAUACGUGCUGAGCAUGGCCAAUGCAGGCCCAAACACCAAUGGGAGCCAAUUCUUCAUCACGACGGUCCCGGCACCCUGGCUGGAUGACAAGCACACAAUCUUUGGCCGUGCUUCGGCCGGCUUCGAUGUUAUCCAUGCCAUUGAAGCAGCCAGAACGGAUCGGAAUACAGACAAGCCGAAAGACGACAUCAAAAUCAUGAAUGUAACGAUCGGCUGAAAGAUGUACUCAAGCGCAGCAUUCUAUUCAAAUAUUCCAUUGAAGCUGGGAGAUAGACGAGAGAGACUAUCGGAACACAAGAGAGAAGGGCGGUAGGCGUGGAAUAUCGAACCAACAUCGGACCCAUCAGUUGUCAUCGACGAGCUUUGCGUCUCCGUCGCGCGUCGACUUGUCCUGCUUCUUGUUGUCAUCCGCCUCGGCCAAGGCCCGUUCGGACUCGGCGGCCUUCUUGAGCGAGCCCUGAGCCCUGCGGCCGUAGUACUCCUUGAGAAUCUUUUCAUCAAAAGGUAGAGCGAAGGUCUGUUAGCGGAUCGGGAUCUCUUGUUCUUCACGCAUGCACAGCUUACCUUGGGGUUGAUCCGAGUG